UGGAACGACACAUCCUCUGCCGCACGGGAGAGUGCCUUGCGCGCAGGGGUCCGUCUGAUGGAGAAGAGAGGGGGCGUUGAAAUCUCCGAACGUCCACGUUUUGAUCGGGCGGUUCUCUAGAGCCGGGCACGGUGCCUUGCUUUGAAGUUUUGCAAGGUUCCGGAUCCCUAUUAAUCCCUAAAUAGGAGUAUUUUAAGUGUUCAGACCAUAUCUUCUCUCUCACCAAAGUAUCUCUUCUGUGUCGAUAGGUUCCUACCAAAUACAGAACAAGUAUCACAAUCUCUUCCAAAAUGAACCAGAGUUUCAAAGGAGAGCGGUGGUGCAAACACGCCGGUAUGCUGACUCCGACGUAGUAGAGAGACAAUACGGCGAUGCGGAAAUGGUUGCACGACACGACGACAAUACAACAACGGCGGACUAGCAGCUGAAUCCCCUAGGUGUUCGCCAACUCAGCGGGAAUGGGAUGGCGACACGGUGACAACACAAUAGCGGCGGACUGGCAUAGGAUAGCCAUGUUUAUGCAUCUCGGGAUGCCAUAAACUCAUAAAGUUUUAUACUAAAGUUGUUUUAGCUUGGCACUCGGUGUUAUUUUCUGCCUAAUUGGCAAUAUUAAGAGAGAAUUCGCCGGAGAUUUGGAGCAAUUUCUGCGGAGUCCGUAGUAGAUCUAGGAAGAAUGGAGGAACGACAUCAGCCUGAAGUCACGUCAAAGAAGAUGGAUAGUGUCAGGACUCAGGCUAGAGGACAUGAUGUUAGCAGAGGUUGCGACGGAGGACACUUUGACGAUGGGAUAUGGUGACGGUCGUACCCUACCAAUAGCCUUCAUGCAAAUGAGAAUGUGAGAUGUAGAUUAAGGCAUCUGAAGAGUUUUUGUUUUAAUUUUUAUAUUUUAUUAAAAAACCAUGAAUGUUUAAUUAAGGGCAAUUCAAUCGAAUCAGGCCUUUUUUGCUCCUACCAAACGUUCAGCUCCUAUUGUUGCACUAGUCCAUUGUUUUACUCGUAUGGAAGGAAUUAACUGUUUUCUCUUCCAAUUUUUUCGGUUCUUAACCAUUUUCAUAGGAUAGAUGUACGAUCGACCUAGGGAGAACUUUUCGUGGAGAGGACCUAGCCGCCGUGGCUAGGAUAUAGUUUUGAUCGGGCAAUCAUUCGCCCAUAGUCUUUCAAGGCUGAAGCAAUAUUCGGCAAUCGGCAGGGUUAUCACGAAAGAAGAGCCAGGCUUUGAUAGGAAGCUUUGACAGACGAGUUCGAGUCCGGGCGAUUGGGCAAAGAAAAUGGAGCAGAUGAACAACGGCGGGGUGGACGCGCUGGCCAAUGCUUAUGAGCGGCUGGAUCUGGAGGAGGUCCUCGUGGUCACUCCUGUGGCACCGAACUCCUCCAAGCACAAUCUGACCAUGGUGGGAACUAUAACCUCGGAUAUGUCGGUACGUUUUUCUCAGUUUAGAUAUAUUAUGGCAUCUGUGUGGAAACCUGAAAAUUGGGUUACUAUAACUGAAAUGGGUCCUAGGAGGUUUGUGUUUCGGUUCUAUAACGAGGAGGAUGUCAUUAAGGUGGAAGAGGAGGGACUGUGGCUUUUUUUUUUUAUCAAAAUUUAAUUGUUAUGAGUAGGCUCAAAGAGGGAGAUAUUCCCCUAUCUGUCCCACUGAAUAAAGCGGAUUUUUGGGUUCAAGUUCAUGAUAUUCCAGUGUGAUACUUCACUGUUGAAAAUGCGGAACGUAUUGGGAAUUUUUUAGUCACUUUUUUAAAAGUGGAUGACAAUAAUUUUCUGAGAAUUGGGGGUCCUUUAUGAGAAUUCGUGUUUGCAUUGAUCUGGGAAAGCCUUUGAAAAGAAGGUUAGUUCUGCAAAAGGAUGAAGGAGUCACAUUCCGUGUUAGAUUUUGUUAUGAGAAACUGCCCAGCUUUUGCUUUCUGUGUGGUAUAAUAGGCCAUGCAGAGAGUCAUUGCCCGCGUAAGCGAAGGGGAUACGAAGUCACUGGUGAAAGGCCAUUUGGGCCUUGGCUUAGAGCUGCAAAAGGGGCUAAGCAGUGGAAAGAGAACAAAUGGCUUGUUCCAAUAGGGAGAGGAAUAAGUUCUGAUAGCAAAAUUACCGGCGGAAAUAGAGAGGAAAGCAUGUGUUUAGGUACGGUGGAAGGCGGUCUCUCAUCACAUGAGAGGGGGUCCUUUGAGCAGAAACGGAGACGUGUGGAGGACUCGACAGAGCACCAAUCCAGGGAGGAGAUAGAGAUUGUUUAUACGGGGGGGGGGGGGGGGGGGGGGGGGGGGGGGGGGGGGAGCUACUAACUUGUAGCUCGCCAGGCAGAACUUUGAGAGUCACUGGACCGCAUCUUUGGGGGUUGAAUAAGGCCGAGAGCCAGGAAGACUAUUUAUUUUUGCUCUUUUUCAUUUUACUUUGCUCAUGUUGCUUUUAUUUUUGUUUGGUACUCUAGCGGUAGGUUGAGGUUUGUUUUUUCGUACUUGGUUUGGGAUGAUGUUUUUGGUGGAAGCGAUAAGACUUGUUUGGCUAUUAAAAGCUUCGAAACUCUCACAUGGUUCGCGAAUAGUCUCGCUCCUUCCGAGGUGGUCUAUUCUAAGUCUAGCCAGAGAGUGGGGGGUGCCUUUGGGCUAUGCGGAACCUCAUGAAGAGGUUUGGCGUUACACGUGGGGUAGUAAUUGUAGAUGCUUGAUUGAGAAGGUUUGGGUUGAUUGUAAGAGGGGAAGUAUGUUGAGUCGUUUGAUUGAUAUAAUAUAAUCAGUUUCCUUUAAAAAAACCAUUUUCAUAGAUUUCUUUUAACAGAAUAAUAAUUUGUUAUAACAAACUUAUUAUAUGGCUGUUUUUUGAAAAAUAAACGUAUUUAUAUGAUGCUUUUUUAGUACAUUAGCUUAAAUGACGGAUUGAAAAUAAUAAAAGAAAGCAAUGUUAUAAAAGUGUGAGCAUUUUCAUCUAAUGUACAUAACUAUUGCACUGUACCAAUAAUUUGUAGGUAAGAAAUGUGUGAAAGGAUG